AUGGCAGACGACGAAAUCGAUCACAUGUUCGCGGGCGAGCCUGGCGGGUUGGGCGACGAUUUCGGCGAGGAUUUCGGCGACGAUGAAUUGAUAGAUGACUUCGACGUCGAACGCGCCGCGGCUGCCGCCGGACACGAACCAGAAAGUGACAUUCUCGAUCCAAAUGACCCCAGAGCUGGGCGGCCGCACGCCCGGCCCAGUGAGGGGCCGCGCAUAACGAGUCCGUACAUCACAAAGUUCGAGAAGGCGCGAGUGAUUGGCACACGCGCUCUCCAGAUCAGCAUGAACGCCCCCAUCACCAUUCCUCUCGACGGCGAGACGGACCCGCUGAUCAUUGCAGAAAAGGAGCUCUACCAGAAAACCAUUCCCUUCACCAUUCGCAGAUACCUGCCUGACGGCAGCUACGAAGACUGGAAGAUCCAGGAACUCAUUGUCGACUAG